AUGGAAAUAGUGGGGUGCCGAGCAGAAGACGACGCGUGUCCUUUCCGUCCCCCAGCCAUGCUCUUCCACGGCAUCUCCGGAGGCCACAUCCAAGGCAUCAUGGAAGAGAUGGAGCGCAGAUCCAAGAGCGAGGCCCGCCUGGCCAAAGGCGCGCAGCUCAACGGCCGGGACGCGGGAAUGCCUCCGCUGAGCCCCGAGAAGCCGGCUCUGUGCGCCGGCUGUGGGGGCAAAAUCUCGGACAGGUACUACCUGCUGGCGGUGGACAAGCAGUGGCAUCUGAGAUGCCUGAAGUGCUGUGAAUGUAAGCUGGCCCUCGAGUCCGAGCUCACCUGCUUCGCCAAGGACGGUAGCAUUUACUGCAAGGAGGAUUACUACAGAAGGUUCUCUGUGCAGAGAUGUGCCCGCUGCCACCUUGGUAUCUCCGCUUCCGAGAUGGUCAUGCGCGCCCGAGACUCUGUCUAUCACCUGAGCUGCUUCACCUGUUCCACCUGCAACAAGACCCUGACCACCGGCGACCAUUUUGGCAUGAAGGACAGCCUGGUGUACUGUCGCGCACACUUCGAGACCCUCUUACAGGGCGAGUAUCCACCGCAGCUGAGUUACACGGAGCUGGCGGCCAAGAGCGGGGGCUUGGCCCUGCCUUACUUCAAUGGCACCGGCACCGUACAGAAAGGGCGGCCCCGGAAGCGGAAGAGCCCCGCGCUGGGAGUGGACCUCGUCAAUUACAGCUCAGGUUGUAAUGAGAAUGACACCGACCACUUGGACCGGGACCAGCAGCCAUACCCAGCCUCGCAGAAGACCAAGCGUAUGCGGACCUCCUUCAAACACCACCAGCUCCGGACCAUGAAAUCCUACUUUGCCAUCAACCACAACCCUGAUGCCAAGGACCUCAAACAGCUUGCUCAGAAAACAGGCCUGACCAAAAGAGUUUUGCAGGUUUGGUUCCAAAACGCAAGAGCCAAAUUCAGAAGGAACCUUUUGCGGCAGGAGAAUGGGGGUGUUGAGAAAGCUGAUGGCACGUCGCUCCCGGCCCCGCCCUCAGCAGACAGCGGCGCUCUCACUCCACCCGGCACUGCGACCACUUUAACAGACCUGACCAAUCCCACUAUCACUGUAGUGACAGCCGUGACCUCUAACCUGGACAGCCACGAAUCCGGAAGCCCCUCACAAACUACCUUAACCAACCUUUUCUAA